AUGUCUUCUCUGCACAUCUCAACGCUUUCUUCUUCUUCUUCUUCCUUGAGCAGAGUUCACGCCGCCAUUAGUGUCCCCAAACUCCCACGAUUUCCAAUCUCACUUCCAAAAAUACCCACAUCAUCGUCUGCCAAAGUGGUUCAGGAACUCGAUGGCUCCAAACAAACAAUAGUUCCAUCACAGAAGUUUCAGGAUUCUUGCGAUCCAAACAGGUCCAAGGCCAUCAUUGAACUAUAUGCAAGCUUGGAGGCUGUGGCAGACAGAGUUGAAAUGCACAAAAACAUUGGCGAGCAGCGAAACAACUGGAACUCUCUUCUUUUUAACUCUGUGAAUAUGAUGACCCUUUCUGCUUCAACCAUGGUUGGUCUCAACACUGCCAUUGACAAUACUGCGUUCAAAUUAUCGUCCGCUCUUUUGUUUACAGCCGCCACAGGGAUGCUUCUCAUCAUGAACAAGAUUCAGCCCUCACAACUCACUGAGGAACAACGAAACGCCACUAGGUUGUUCAAACAGCUUCAGAAGGAAAUCCAAACCACACUAGCAAUUGGAAAUCCAACUGAGGAAGACGUACACAGUGCCAUGGAGAGGGUGUUGGCACUUGACAAGGCUUACCCUCUUCCUCUCUUGGGAGCUAUGCUUGAGAAAUUCCCAUCAAAGUUUGAGCCUGCUGUUUGGUGGCCCAAAACGAAGACAAACAACGACUUCGAAGCACAAGUAUUCAGAUCGCAGAAGAAAACCAAUAAUGGAUGGACUCCAGAACUGGAAACACAGAUGUGGCAGCUUCUUGAAGUGGUUAAAAGAAAAGAUAUGGAGGACUAUGACAGACUAGGAAACUUGGCUCUCAAGAUCAACAAAACCUUGGCCAUAUCAGGUCCCUUGCUCACUGGGAUUGCAGCUUUAGGUUCUGCACUACCCAGCCAUGGUUCGUCUUGGCCAGGCAUUGCGGCGGCCAUGGCUGGGUCGUUGGCGGCAUCUUUGAACGCAUUGGAGCAUGGAGGCCAGGUGGGGAUGGUGUUUGAAAUGUACAGAAACUGCGGUGGAUUCUUCAAGUUGCUGCAAGAGACCAUAGAAACAACACUUGAAGAGAAAGACUGCGAGAAAAGAGAGAACGGCGAGGUUUUUGAAAUGAAGGUGGCCAUGAAAUUGGGAAGAAGCGUUUCGCAGCUCAGACAAGUUGCCUCUAAAUUUGCUGCCUAUGAGUCAGAAGGAAUUAACAUGGAUGAAUUUGCAAGCAAACUUUGUUGA